GAUCAAAAGACCCGAAAUCCAGCUGGGGCUGAGCUAGGCCCCGAUGAUACAAAGAUCUUGGACCCGAGCAGGUCUUAGUAUCCACCAAGUUUCUCUCUUCCUCUGCCAUUCUGAGGCCUUGAACCGCCAUGAUUAUUUGUCAAUCAGGCUUGGAAUGGCCUGUAAACUUGCGCUCCCAGUAAAGACCUACUCCUAAGUACGGGAUGAAACUGCCAUACUUCCAUUGCACAGUUAGUUAUCAUAUCUACGGGCCUCGCUGCUUCGCGGACUUGUCACAACCAGCCAAAGGCCGGCAUAUGGAGGUAUUCACAUAUUACAUUGUUUAUCACUAAUUAGCUCUUUACCUUGAACGAUGGCCAUCCCAACGCUGGAAGGACUUCCGACUGAGUUGCGGAUCGUCAUUCUGAGAAACAUCGCCGAUUUGAGUACCCUGAGGAGCCUUAUUCAUGGUUCUAUGAUAUACCAAGAAACCUUUCACAGCGCUCGCGAGGCUAUCCUUGAAAAUAUAAUUUACCAUCAGUAUGGUCAUAUGGGGCUCGCACAGGCAAUUGCUGCGGUGCAAUCAAAGGGAAUGCACGCUUCAGAGGCGUCACACAAACCAGGAAUUGCGACUAUCUUGAACCGCUGUCGCCAUUUUCGAAGCGGCUGCUCCUCAAGAACGCUCCGAGCUACUGUCUCAAUAACCGCUGAAGAAUGUGUUAAGUUACUAGAUCUUCACGAGGAGUUCGUCUUCUUCUUACAAGACUUCUGUUUGACAGCACCAUGUCCACCAUGGAUGGAUGCAGUAAAAUGGCGAAGUGAAAUGUUACCAGUGCGUUUGUCCGAUGUUGAGGCGGCACGUAUUCUUCGGGCUCUCUGUCGCCUUGAAACCUUUUGUAAUAUUUUUGGUGUAAUGGACAGGGAGGUGGAGCUUAAGCCAGAAGGGAAGCAGCAGGCAAGUUGGAUCGGUCAUACUUAUGACUGGGCAGAAGUGUGGGAUAUUUUCUUUGGCACGAUGCCUCCUUGGGAAGUUGAGGAGAUAUUCUGUGUUCGGGCGUAUCUGCGCAGAAAAUAUGCUGGGAUUUUCGCAGAGAUUGGAAAUGAUGUAUCAAGACACAUCCCAGGCCCGCAUGUUUAUGAAUGUCAGCUGCAUCUCGAACACAUGGCUGAUAUGGGCCCCAAUUUUCUUUAUAGGGUUCUCCAUGAGCCACAUAAAAGGCGCAGGGAUAUGGUUGAGAGGAAUAUCGACAGCGCAGCAUGGUCGAUCUUCGAACUAAUGAUAUUCAUGAUCGAGCCUUGGGGCCCUGGUUCUCUUGCAACUAAGCACUGCGGGUAUGGAAUUCCCGUGUCUUCGCUCCCUCAUGUCGAGCGACCAAAUCUCAAGUAUAUCCGAUAUCGAGGCCGAGGCGGGUCAGUUGACGGCACCCAUCUCGAUGAAUUGUUCAGACAUCCAGGUAUGGGGGAUUACGACGGCUGGAAUUGGUAUUCGCUGAUAUGGGAUGAUGAAAGGUUGCUCAAGUUGAAGGCGCCUUUGUAGUGGAUCCGGUCAUCAGUGUCGGAAUUGGAAGAUUUUGACCUCUUAAUAUGUCUAAUACAAGUGCUUUCACGUUUGAGAGUUGCUCUAAGCGCAGAAUGUCGCAGACCUCGUCAGCAUGAAAAGAAUGCUAGCUCAAAUCUCAACCUGGCACACAGUUUUAAGCAAAUCCACACAAAUGGCUAGUUAUGGGUAUAUGGAAUACUAUUUAUACAGCUCAAUGGAUGGCAGCAGCCUAUGUUAAAGAGCUCUCCAUAAGAUUCGGUUGUUCCGUCCCCUGAGGAUUCUUCGGAUCUUGUGUGGGUGAGCGCCAGGGGAGCUCGCUGCAGAGAAGUUACAGUCCGAACGUUGCUAGAUAACACUACUCUGUGCUAUGUAGUCCCGAAACGGUUAGGCGGGAGCCAGGAGAAGCUUGCCGUGAACUUUAGUGAAGUUAGUUAGU